UCUUUCUGUAAUAGGGAGUCCGGCAGAGAAGUUCAGCUCGACCGCUUGUCACUUAUCAAACUCUUCGAAAGAUGGAGAACCAGUGGGGGGCUCGAGCCAAAGAAGAUACUAGACAUGAACAGACAAGAAAUCUGGCGAAUUCAAACGACGGAAAGAGAAACCGCACUCGUUCGUCCAGGUCUGAAAAUCAGGGAUCUGAAGAAGGUCAUUUCCAUCAUGAUCUGACCUCUCAGGGCAUUAAAGGAGAGAAGGUUUGGUUCAACCGCAGCCUAUAUGAGCAGGCCGACGAUGCCUAUCAGACCUUGUUGAGUGCAGGGAGUGGGACCCCUCCGGUUUUGUCUUCCCACAAAGACAGAAUUCCCCGCACCCUGGUCUUCAGGGCUAAACGGAACGGUGCACAACAAUCCCAAGAGAAGGAGAACCAAACGUACUCCCGUUCCUAUGCGUCACAUCAACAGCAUCGGGGUUCGACCCACCAGCGCUCAUCGUCUGAACCCCAGAGGGACCGGCAAUUCCCAAAAAGUAGCAGGAAGAGGGUCUUCUCCGAGAACGAGCGCGCCCCUCAGAAAAGGGACAACAUCACAAUGAGUGGACUUCAGGGACUCGCCCAGGAGAACAUCUGGUUUGACAAGUCCAGAUAUGACGAGGCAGAGAGACGCUUCUACGAGGGCAUGAACGGCAUCCCUCAGACAUCUCAGGAGAGAGAUUCUAGUGCCAUCCUGCAGGACAUUGCUAAAGCCCGACAGAAUAUCCAGCAGUCCCUAGCCGGAGUGAAGACUGCUCUUCAGGGUAGUAAAGGGCACACGCGCUCUCAAAAACCACGGGAGAGGAAGACCAGUCAGAAUGCCAGUAAGUCUGAGGAUCAGAGUGAGCUGGUGUCUCGUUUGAAGAGUCUAGAACUGGACAACAAGAAUUUGCACAAAGUCGUGGAUGAUUUGAGAGCCACGCUGUCCAAACUGGAGUCCAGAAUGGCCACGCUGGAGAAAAGCCAAUCGCCUGCUUCAAAGACUGUUACAUUCACCAAGGCUGCUCCUGUCCAGACACCCAAGGUUGAGGAACAUAAUGGUGCUGACGACGAUGAUGACAUUGACCUGUUUGGAAGCGAUGAGGAAGAUGAGGAGGCAGAGCGCAUCAAAGCAGAGAGAGUGAAGGAGUACUCCCAGAGGAAAGCCAAAAAACCAGCCCUCAUCGCCAAAUCAUCCAUCCUGCUGGACGUCAAACCUUGGGACGAUGAGACCGAAAUGUCCAAGCUGGAAGAGUGUGUGCGCUCCAUACAGAUGGAUGGGCUCCUGUGGGGAGCUUCUAAGCUGGUUCCUGUCGGCUACGGUAUCAAAAAGCUGCAGAUCAACUGUGUGGUAGAAGAUGAUAAAGUGGGAACAGACAUUCUGGAAGAGGAGAUCACCAAAUUUGAGGACUACGUCCAGAGUGUGGAUAUUGCUGCCUUCAACAAGAUCUGAGCCUCUCACCACGAAGAACCACCUCACACUGGGUUAUGCUGCUUUUAUAUCACACGGUUACCAAUAAACUGUUCAGCCACGUGAACAAACUCAA